CAGCGGGAGCCGAGGAGCGCGCGGAGCCUGCCAUGGGCAAAUCAGCUUCCAAGCAGUUUAAUGACGAGGUCCUGAAGGCCCACAAUGAGUACCGGAAGCAGCAUGGCGUCGCCGCGCUGAAGCUCUGCAAGAAGCUCAACCGGGAGGCUCAGCAGUAUUCAGAGGCCCUGGCCAGCACAAGGAUCCUCAAGCACAGCCCGGAGUCCAGUCGUGGCCAGUGCGGGGAGAACCUGGCGUGGGCAUCCUAUGAUCAGACAGGAAAGGAGGUGGCUGAUAGAUGGUACAGUGAAAUAAAGAACUACAACUUUCAGCAGCCUGGCUUCACUUCCGGGACAGGACAUUUCACUGCCAUGGUAUGGAAGAAUACAAAGAAGAUGGGAGUGGGGAAGGCAUCUGCAAGUGAUGGGUCCUCCUUCGUGGUGGCUAGAUACUUCCCAGCAGGGAAUGUCGUCAACCAGGGCUUCUUUGAAGAAAAUGUCCUGCCUCCAAAGAAGUAAUUUGUCCAAUGUAACGGGAAGGUGGCAGACUUAAGAACUUGGAUUCGAAGUGCCUAGAACAACAAAAACUCAGCUAUGUGUCUGUCCCUGUGGGUGUGUGUGCUUGCUUGUGUGAUGCUAUGAGUGUCUUGAGCACACACUCGGUUUUACAGUUCUGCAUGAAUUCAUUCUUACCAAAGAAAUGAGCAUAUGAAGCCUUUACCUUGAUGGUUCCCUAGACUGCAAUUAUUUGGACUUUGGGGGGGAAAAAUCAAUUUUUAAACUUUAAAAAAAUUUUUUAAGCCAACUCCUUUUGUACCUUUCUUACUUAUAAUAUCCAUCCCUGGACUUUCUGUAUUCCAAAUGUUUGUGAUGCUGAGAAAAUGAAGUUCAUUUUAUGUGACCUUCAUGCAUUGUAAUCUACUUUUGGUAGAUAUUUAAGAAUAUUAAACCCUCAUUAAAUGUGACAC